GUCUAAAGUCUAAGCGCACUGGUCUCAACUCUGGCUGGACAACUGUGGAGCUGCGACGCAAGUCCGAAUGACACAACUCGCGCUUGGAGACUGUAGUCUGACUGGAACUAACUGCUGAUCGGAUGCAGAGAAACUUUUUGGAUGAAUGUUUUUUGAAAUGUGCGUCCACUAGAGAGUAAAAUAACUGGGAUCGGAAAAAAAUAAAUGGGACAACACAAAUCGCGAGAACUUGAAUCGCUCCAGUUUCGUGCACGGUUCAGUUUAGCCAACUUUGUUCAGUUGCCCAUCUGAUCUGCCUCAGUUUGUGCGGGCGCAGCAGCAGCAGCAGCAGCAGCAGCAGCAGAGGAGGAGCAGGCUGGAUGUGUCAGGAGACGGGUAACUGAGCUGCAGCGAGCCGGGUGCGAGUUUCCCCUGUCCCUACCUCUCCAAUGUCCCCGGACAGGAUGAUGCUCAUUGGACUUCUGCUCAGUGUCUUCUCUCAUGGUACUGUGCCAGUAUCUGCAUCCUUAGACUGUCUGGUGGCGGAGCAGGGCUGCAUCCAGGAGCAGUCCUGCAUGGUGCUCUAUAGACUGCUGGAGUACUGUGCGGCUGAGGAGGCUGUGUCGCCCCUCGGCCCAGAUGCCCGCUUGGAGUGCCUGGAGGCCCAAAACGCCUUGCAGCAUUACCGCCCCCUUCAAGUUUGCAAGUGUCAGCGUGGCUCUCGCAGAGAGGAACACUGCCUCAGGGUCUAUUGGACUGUGAGAUUUGCAGCAUAUGAUGAGUAUGAAGUGUCUCCAUAUAAAGAACUGGAGUUAAAUCUGGUGAGAAACAUUGAGAUGUCACGUAUGGCCUCCAUCAUGGCAGCUUCCUCUCUUUCUGUGGACGGCCAAAACCAGUGUCUCAAGGCAGCGCAGGACUGUGGCCUGUAUGAGAAAUGUGGCUCCCUGCGGUCAGAAUAUGUUGUAGCCUGCACCAAGCGUGCAGCAGUCUCUGACAACAGCUGUAACCGACAGAAAUGCCACAAAGCCCUGCGGCGUUUCCUGGAGCGCGUGCCAGAGGAGUACAGCUUCGCUCUGCUCUUCUGUCCGUGCUCUGACACUCUGUGUGGGGAGCGCCGGAGGAAAACCAUUGUCCCGUCAUGUUCCUAUGAGGAGAAUGGGAAAGGGGAGGAAAGAUUGGGCAAGCCCAACUGCCUCAGCCUUCAAAACUACUGCUCCAAAGACGAGCUGUGUAGAUCUCGGUUCGCUGAUUUCCAACACAACUGCCAGCCCUCCCCUCUGUCUGCCUCUGGCUGUAUGAGAGACAGCAGAGCCAUGUGCCUGAAGGCCUACGCUGGACUUAUAGGCACCAUCAUGACUCCCAACUAUGUGAGCAACAGCAGCACAGAAGUGUCCCAGUGGUGCACAUGUGACGGCAGUGGGAACGAAUGGCAGGGCUGUCAGCGCAUCCUGCACUUGUUCAGCAACAAUAUAUGUCUGCGCAAUGCCAUCAGCUCCAUGGGAAUCUCCGCACCUCCUCCUGUGGAAAACACUCCCAUGCCAGCUUCUCAGCCCUCCCCGCACGUCUUCCAGGAGAGGGUCCACGUCAGUGUUAACACUCUCCCUGAAUUCAACAGUUUGAGUUGGUGGAAGUCUUUUUCUGGACGGCAGACUCACACAAUAAAGACUUUGAGGAUGGAGGACAGCGAGGAAGAGGAGCAGGCGGAGGAAAAAAGCGAGGAAUUCAACAUCAUCCCACCGUAUUCUGAGAAGGACUCUAACAUUGAAUCGGGGGCUCGAGGAAGUAAACGCGGAGCAGCUAGCCGAGCAGUACCCGUGUUAACAUUACUGCUGCUGCCUACGCUCAUCCUGGACUGGGAGUGUUGGAGAUACUGAAGCUUCCAUCUCAUUCUUCGCAUUCUUUGGAAUAAAUGCCCAAUUUCCUUCUUUUUUUCAUUUUUAAAACUUAAGACUUUAUUUUAUAAUUAUUUUUCUCCUAUCACUGCCUCCUCAAGAGUUAAAUGAUAUCAGUAGUCCCGCAGUAUUUGCCAUGUCUUUGCUCUAGUCCUCUCCUAUGAAAUGCAGGGAACAACGUGAGCAGCUAUAUGAGUGCAUGGGUGAAUUUAGAAAAUGCUGUCUGGGCAAAUACUCUAUCUUGAGCGUGCUUCAAACUCAAAGUACAUCCCCUCUUUUAACAAGAAGCACAUUGCCCAAGGCCACAUCCACUAUACACACCAUAACCAGUCUACUCCACUGCAACCAGGCUGGAGCACGGCUUUUGAUUUCUAUUUCAUGACUCAUGUCACAUCCGUUUCUCUGUUGGCCCCUUUGGCUUUUCCUCUCCCUGCUUCAUAUGGUUGAGUAAGAUAAUCCACUUUACAACAAGCUAAUAAGAAACUGCACCACACUUAAACUGCUUUGUACCAUUGAAGAAGGAAAAACUUUUAACAAUUGCUUAAAAAAGUGAUAAGACACAAACCAAAUGUGUUGUCACAUACAUUAUGAAUGAGAGAUCUUUUGCCUUCUUCUUACUUUGUGCGCCAAAAAUCUGAGUGCAACAGUCGCUCUGCUCUGCUUCUUUUGUUAACACCCCACUUGGUAUUAUUCCUACCAGGGUGAGUGACUGAGAAUUCAACCAUAGGCAAAAGUAAUGAGAUCAAAUUCUAUUGUAGGAAUGAGAAAAGCAACAUGAGCAAUUACAGCACAAUUCAAAUUGCUCAGCAUGCAGAGAAAGUCUAGAGUAAGGCUCACGGGAGGAAAUAACCAAUUUACUGCUGUCAUACCCUCUCACUUUUUUCUUAUCCUCAGGAGGUGUGUUUUUAGUCCUCCAUGCCCAUCAUUUGCUGUAUAUGUUAUGAGAGUGAGAUGCGAAGAAAGGGAUGGACACAGGAUGCUGUAAAGCCUGCUGGCUGCUCCGAUCAUUGAGCAGCACAUUGAGCCAUUCUCUCUGCCUGAAAUAGCUUUUGCUGAUGUUAAUGAUUUUUUUCUCUUAUGGCUCAUUUUCUUAUGAAAUUACACAGCUGCAGGGGGGUAGGUAAAGAGAAGUAUAGUGAAGUUCAUGUAGAGGGAUAAACUUGUCUAAUUUGAGGAUGAAUUUGCAAGAAACAACCUGUCUGAGUUCUGCAAGGAAAAUAUCUUAUAUUGUCUUAUGUUGUCUCUAAUAACAAAAUACCAUCAAAUCAUUGUUAUAUAUAAAAUGGAAAAUUUCCAAAGACAUAUAAAAAAAAUCAUGAUCAAAAAAUCAUUUUUGGGUGUUUGAAUAUCACUUGAGGAGGCAGUAUGAUGCCACCACCUUUUGCCCCCACUACUGGACUUGUUUACAUGAUGAUUAAUUGACAUAAAGACUUUUAAUGAACAGACAUAAAGGCAGAACACGCACUGGAAGCCUAUAAGCCAUGCUUUUGCAAAUGCAGGUCCAUGACUACUUCAAACUUGGGUUUGAUUUUUAGAAGUAAAAAAAGGACUGUAAGGUUAGUAGACCUGCAGUGGUUGUUACUCACCUUGGGGCGAAAUGACAUCAUGCUGGGGUUUUUUAGAGUUUGGCUACAGGAAUCUAAGAAGUUGAUGAGGAAAAGGCCAGUUAACAAAGCACUGAAGUGUGACUGCAAGCUUAGCGGGUACAAAAAAAUUACAUAUUUGGACAAGUCUGGCUGGACAACCAGCUGUUAUCCACAUAUAUGAACCAAACGUGUUGAUAGAUAAACAUGCUAAAUAAACAUAACCCGUCACAGUGCAGUGUCUGUGAUGCUGCUUAUUCAUAAAGCAUCAAAUGAACAGCAUCCAGUGUCAAUAAUUGCAUCCAGUGUGCUCUGGCCUUAAUGACUGAAUGUGAGUUUACAUGUAUUUUCACUUUCGGUAGGUUUGUUUAUAUUUGUAAACUAUGUAAAGUAAACAUUUGCAUUAAAUAUAGAUAGAUUUUUUUGAUGAUUUAACGAGUUUAAAAAAAGAAGCUUAUUCAUCCAUAAAUCAUAAGUCUUUUAGAAGAUAUGUGAAUAUUUCUGAAAUUAGAGCGUUUUAGAUUGUAUCUUGAAAAUUCAUUUGAGAGUGCUAUGUUUUACAUGCUAACUUUCUUUUAAAGACAUAUCAAACAUGCCAAAUAAUUCUGACUGUAAUGUGUUAUAACUGUAAUUUUGUGACAUAGCGGAACAGUGUGCCGAUUUAAUAAAAGUCACAUUGGAAAUUUCCACGUCUGACAGAAAAAA